CUAAAUAAGUAGUUCUUCCUGUUUUCCAUUGAAGUAUCCUACUUUUCUCGAAAAAUAAAUUUCUUUUGGUGCCUUCAAAUUUCUCUCUCUCAUGUGUUGAACCCGCAUGCACCCGAAUAUAUCCCUGUUUCCACUCUGCCACCGCCACUCCCUCCUUCUCCGUGUGUGCUGCUUCCACUGCCUCCAUUUCCACCGGCGAUGCUUCCACCUCAUCCAUUUUCUCCGGCGAUGAUUCUACCCCAUCCAUUUCCGCCGGCGAUGCUUCAACCGCUUCCUCCUACUACUACCGUCGAUUUACCGCCACAGGAGAAUGUGCGACCACGUCGCAGCGUCGGCAUAUUCCUCCUAAACUAGGAGGGCUGGUGAAACACGGUGUGAUACCUAUAAGUUCAACACAUGAGAACAAAACUACUGUAAUGAUAAAAAAUAUACCAUAUCACUAUAACCGUGAAAUGUUGAUGCAAUUUCUAGACGAGUACUGCUUCCUGCAGAAUCAAAACGCGAGAAAUUCAAACGGAGAAAUUUUUCAUGUCUUCGCUUAUGAUUUCUUGUAUUUGCCCAUGGAUUAUAAGUAAAUAAUCUGGUUUAAUUAAUUUUGUUGUGUUUAUUUGCAGGCAAACUACAGAAACUACUUCAGUACUAUUAGAUUAUCUUUUAUUUUUGAAUUUGCAGAAACAAUAGGAGCAUAGGCUAUGCAUUUGUGAAUUUCACCGAUCACAUCACAGAACUCUGUGGAAUUUUUUUGGGCUUUAAUUAACAAACUAAACGUGUUUCCAGGAUCUUUAAAGAGUGUUGAGAUUGUCACCGCGAAGAUCCAGCCGUGAAAUGUUGAUGCGAUUUCUGGACGAGCAUUGCUUACUGGAGAAUCAAAAAGCUAGAGAUUCAAAUGGAGAAAAUACACAUGUGUUUGCUUAUGAUUUCUUGUAUUUGCCUAUGGAUUUCAAAAGCAAGAUGAACAAAGGUUAUGCAUUUGUGAAUUUCACCGAUGAGAGAACUGUGUGGAAUUUUUUUGAGGCUUAUGACAAACUAAAUGUGUUGCCGGGAUCUACUUGGAGGGUUAGGAUUGUUACUGCGAAGAUCCAGGGAAAAGAGGCUUUGGUGAACCAUUUCAAGAAUACAAGAUUCAGAUGUGAAUCAGAAGAGUUUCUGCCAGUUCAGUUUAGUCCAGCAAGAGAUGGUUCUGGGGAAUCGGUACAAAUGAUUAGUGUUGGUAAAUACAAAGUCACUCCAUCUUGUUCAGAUAUUCUCAAGAAACCCUAACUUUAAUUUAGGGAGAUGGUAGAACAAAUUGAGGGGUGGAAUAAUGGCACCUAAGUUAUUUAUGACACAUCAUUUGCCUUUCUAUUCUUGCUUGAGUUGAGGAUGUUAGAGGCAAUAAUUUAUGCAGUUAUUCGAAGACAAAAGUUCGAAUUAGCCUGUCAGGUGAAUGCAGAUAGUGAAUGUAGGUUUUCUAGCGUCUUAAUUGU